AUGAAGAUCCUCAGCUUGAAUUUCCUUUCUUGCGCUGUCAAGGCUUGCAAAGCCUCGUCAGAUUCGUUCCCUCUCCACCCCAAGGAUGCUGAGCUCGCCCACGACGACGUUGAGCUCAAUCCCCAGCUCCUGGUCAAUGUUCUGCCGCGCAUAGACUGGAAGGCGCUGCGGACAACUUCCACAGAGCUCGGCUUCCCGGACUUGCCUGAGCAGCCACCGACUGUGGAGGAACUGGAGGCGAAUGAGACGAUGCUCAAAGAACUGCACAACUUGCUCAUAGAGACGCAGAUUAUGGAGGGCAAGCUGGUGUGCGCCAACUGCGGGCACGAGUACGGCAUCCGUGAGGGCAUUGCCAACUUUCUCUUGCCAAGUCAUCUAGUAUGA